AUGGAUCAGAAUUCAAAAAUGUCGACUGAAAAAAUUGCUUUAGUACCAAUGCAGAGGACUAAAAAGGUCGUGAAGCUAAUACCACCGGAUGGAGGUUGGGGAUGGAUGGUUUUAAUCGGAACAGCAAUGUCUAAUAUUGUGAAUCAGUCGAUGCUGUCCUUGUUCGGUUUAUUAUAUGGAGGCGCUUUAGAAGAAAUGGGUCACACCACACAAGGAUCUGCCAUUGUACUCAGUACGAUGUUGUUUGUCACAAAUUUGGCAGGUCCUAUAGCCGGUGUAAUAGUUAAAUUAACAUCCACAAGAUUUGUAGCAGUAACGGGUGCCUGUUCCUGUACUUUAGGAAUAUUUUUUAGUAGUUUUUCAACGAACAUCGUUCAUUUGAUUAUGACCUAUGGUAUAUUAUUGGGCUUAGGGCUUGGCUUCAUUCAAAAUUCGUCAUUCGUUGCUAUAAAUAGUUACUUCAAGAUCAGGAAGAGCCGAGCGGUGGGCCUUGCAAAUGUAGGCACAGGUGUGGGACAAACCUUAAUGCCUCACUUAGUGAGGUAUCUCUUGGUAAAUUACGGUUUCCGAGACGCAUGUCUGAUUCUAUCUUCAUUGAGCUUAAACGGGAUUUGUGGAACAUUGUUGAUGCAACCAGUAGAAUGGCAUCUGAAAAAAGUAGAAGAAGAAGUCAUUAUAGAAGAAAAUGUGCAAUUAUUAGAAAAUAAACAUAAGGAUAUUGUAAUAAAGAAGGAUUCUAAAAUGAUUAAUGAAAUAAAUGGUCUGAAUACUAAUAGACGUGCAACUGAACCUGAGGUAGAUAGAAAAGAAAAAGAAAUCGAAUGGAGUAACAAAAAAUUUCAGAGUCAUGAUGAAUUAAAUAACAUAAAAACGAGUGGCAGUGGUGUUAAUGGUAUCGCUACCCACGCUGUUGUAGCGCCACAAAGGAAAGGCUUAUUAAGUAAAAUAUAUGAUUUAUUCGACAUAUCAUUGCUGUUGAAUCCAAGAUUCUUGAACAUCAUAUUUGGUACAGCUCUCUCGGUAACAUCUAUACAAAACUUCAGUAUGGUGUUUCCUACAUUCUUGCAAAAAGUUGCUGACAUGGAUAUGCAGCAGACUGCGACGUGCAUGUCCGCAGUUGCAGCUGCUGAUAUUGUCGGUAGGCUUGUUCUGCCGACUUUCCAGGAUAAAUACAAGAUUAAAGCGAGAUGGAUGCUCAUCAUGACGUCGGUCUGGCUCAUUGUUGUACGACAAAUAUUAGCAUACCAAACUGAGCUGAACAUCCUCAUUGUAAUGUCUUGCUUAUACGGAUUUGGAAGGAGCAUGAUCAUCGUUGCCAGAAACAUUGCGAUAUCGGAGAACUGUAGAAUAGAACAAGUACCUGCCGCUGUAGGACUUGGAAUGUUAACUAUGGGUAUCAUAGUUCCUCCUGCGGGCUAUUUCCUCGGGUGGAUCCGAGAUUAUACUGACAGUUACAUUAUAUGUAUUACGGCACAAAACGUUUUCCUUGUGCUUUUAUUGAUAACGUGGAUCCCGGAUAUGUUGUUAUUAAAUAUACAGGAAAAAAGAGAGAGAAGGAAGACAGCUCAUGUAAUCCAGACUUCGUAGCAGACUUUCAAGAUAGGUAUAAAAAAAUUGUAGGCGUAGUAAUCAGACGAUAUUCUUUGCGUACUGCAAAAUGCAGCAAUGAAAUUUUAUCUUACAAUAGAAGUGGUGAGGAAUAUUACUUCAAUUUCAAGAAGGCAAGAAGCAAAUAUUGUUAUUUUCUGAAAAAUCAACAUUAAUAUUAUUGUUAUUUGUCAUAGAUUAUAUUAUUAUAUUAUUUAUUUAUAAGGUGUAAUAUUUUUGUACUGUAAUAUACAAGCAAAUGGCUGUGACAGUUGAAGAUGGUAGUUUUAAUGUAUGAUUGUGUAAUUAAUGCUCCUUGUAA